UGUUCGAUUCCAGUCCAGAAACUGUUUUAAUUUUUGAUGCUCAUAUUUUCAGAUUUUGACUGAUAUUUGCAAGAGUGUUUAAUAAUUUAUUGGUUUGUUAGGCAAUAUAACUUAUAUUCUUCGACUUCCUAAAUAACAACCAUACUUGCAAUCAGUUAUGUCCGAGAUUCGUCAGUUCUUGUCUUCUAUACCUCCAAUAACAAGAGUGUUUUUACUUGGUCCUUUAUUAUUCAAAGGUUUAUCUUCAUUAAAUAUCAUAUAUGAAAGAAAUUUUUUAUGUUACUGGUAUUAUGUGUUUAAUAACUAUCAAAUUUGGCGCCCUUUUACUGCUUUCUUCAUUGCAUCUGGCUUGCCCUUUGAACAAUUAUUGACCAUAUAUAUGGUUUAUAGCUAUGGUAGAAGUCUUGAGGAAAAUAAAUUUCAAUUGGUGACUUUAGACUAUUUAUAUUAUCUCAUUUUAACAACUCCGAUAUUAUUGUUUUCAACUAUAUUGACUGAUGAGGUUGCCUUACUCAGUGCUCUAUUGGGGACUUUUAUCUAUACAUGGUCAAGAUAUAACAAAAAUGCAAGAGUUAGUUAUUUAUUUAUUCCAAUAAAGGGUGAAUUGUUACCAUUGGCUUCACUAAGUUUUUCUCUUUUAUUGAAUGGGUUUCCUGGAUUUUGGGCAACGUUAUGGGGUCAAAUUGGUGGCUAUGUUUAUAAUUGUUUGGAAAAUAAAAAUCUUGGUCCAGUUUAUUAUUAUUUAUAUAAUAAAUUCAAUCAAACAAAUUCAUAUCACAAUACUAGUAAUAAUAAAAAUCCAAAUAUAAACCCAAAUCCAAAUUCAAAUCCAAAUACAAAUAGUAUAAAUAAUAUUGAUAAUAACAAUACUAAUAAUACCAAUACUAAUAGCAAUAGCAAUAGCAAUAAUAAUAAUAAUAAUAAUAAUAAUAAUAAUAAUAGUAAUAGUAAUAAUAAUAGUAAUAAUGGCGAUUUCAGAUUAAAUAAUGUUCAUACAGUCAACAAUACUUUAAAUCUUAAUACUAAUACCUAUCAAGAUAAUGGCAGAAUUACAGCGCCAAACUGGCUAAUAAAACUAUCCAAUUAUAUAUUCAUUAACAAUAAUCGCUUUAAUAACAAUAUUACCAAUAAUAGCAGGAAUGGUUAUAGGCUAGGUGAUUUGUCCAAUACUUCUUCCUCUUUUUCUAAUUCGGGUUCUAAUUUUAAUUCAAAUUCAAAGUCGAAUUCUAGAUUUAUUGCCACCUCAUCUUCCAUUAAGUACAAGCCAAAAUCCAAUUCAAAUCAUUUAUUCAAAGGCAAAGGCCAUAGAUUAGGAGAUUAGAUAUUCUCAAAUAACAUAUAUAAGAAAGCAUAGGUAAAUAUAAGAA